AUGCGCCGCCCAGACCUUAGUCCUUCCCUCCUUUCUCCGGCAAAUUACGACAACGAUGCAUCCUCGUUGCGGUCGCCAUCGGAGCAGGACUCCGAUUCAGACGAUGAUGCGCUCCUCGAGCAAAACCGCAGCACCUUGGAAAUCGCAGAGCACGAUCGGGCAGUGCUAGAAGAGGAAGAGGAGUUGGAGAAUCUGUUGACUCGUGGUACUGGACGUGGUCUGCGGAGGAUUUUCAGCCCGAAUGGUAGCAGUGUCAGGAUCGGGAAGACGAAAAAGGAGCGGCGACAGCGGCGGGGUUCGCGUCGUGAGAGAGUCAGUGAAGACGGGGAGCUGAUGUAUGAGAUGGAAGAGGGAAUUGGUGACGACAAUUCCUCCCUUUUGAGCAGGUCAUCGUCGCAUUUGGACGGGAAAGAAGAAUACAAAUAUGAGCCGCCCCCACGACCUUCAUGGCGAAAAAUCCUGUUUGUAAUUGCUUUGGUCGCCGUUCUCUUCGUCAUCCUCACCCUCGGGGCGUAUAAAGCCUCAAGCGGCUUCCGGGCUUCACGAGCACACCCUCCGCCGCUACUCUCCAACGGUACAGCUCUCUUUGCCCCAACCACGAUCGUCAUAUCGCUUGACGGUUUCCGAGCCGAUUUUCUCAACCGAGGCCUGACUCCUGCACUCAACUCUCUCGUCGCCAAUGGCGUCUCGCCCCAAUACAUGACCCCCAGCUUCCCGAGUGUCACAUUCCCAAACCACUUCACACUUAUGACCGGACUGUACCCCGAGAGUCAUGGGAUUGUAGGAAACACAUUCUGGGACCCGAAGAUGAAUGAGGAGUUCUAUUAUACCCACCCUACCGUCAGCAUGCAGCCGAAGUGGUGGAUGGCGGAACCACUCUGGGUGACGGCAGAAAAGCAGCAUGUGAAGGCCGCCAUCCAUAUGUGGCCGGGAUCUGAGGCGCACAUUGGUGACAGAGAGCCGAGCUACGUGGAUAAGUACAACGGGACGGAAGUCUGGUCUCGUAAGGUGGAUCGGAUUCUUGAGUUUUUAGAUCUGCCAGGUCUAGAGAAUGAAUCGCAGAUGACACCUGAGCGACCGCAGUUUAUCGCGGCUUACCUACCCGACGUCGAUCGGGACGGGCAUAAAUUUGGCCCUAAUAGCACUGAGAUCCGAAAAACAAUUUCCGAAGCGGAUAGCAUGGUCGCUAGUAUCAUGGCCGGUCUUGAGAAACGCAAUCUUACCGAGGUGGUUAAUAUCGUGGUUGUCUCAGACCACGGCAUGGCCACUACCUCUACAGAAAGGCUAAUUCAGCUGGAUGAUCUGAUCGAUUAUGAUUUGAUUGAACAUAUUGACGGGUGGCCAUCUGGUGGUCUGCGCCCCAAGCGUCCGGAGGAUUUGGAGACCAUCCGAAAGCAAUUGGAGAAGGUAGCUCCGGAUUACGAGCAUGCUUUUGAAUUCUACACACGAGAGACGAUGCCGGAGCGGUAUCACUUCUCAAACAACGAACGCAUUGCACCGUUGUGGGUCAUCCCCAAGACGGGGUGGGCUAUCGUUAAUCGGUCAGAGUUUGACGUCAAAAAGGCUUUGAAAACUGGGCAGAAAUACCAUCCAAGGGGGAUUCACGGAUAUGACCAUGAGCAUCCAUUGAUGCGUGCAAUCUUUAUUGCGCGAGGCCCAGCCUUCCCUCACAAGCCAAACAGCCGGGUGGAACCUUUCCAAAACACCGAAGUAUACAACAUUGUCUGUGACUCUCUGGGCGUCAAUCCUCUUCCAAGUAAUGGUACACUACGACUCCCGCUCAAGCCAGUCGGUCUCCACUCAGAUGAGAACGUACCGGUGUUGGACACCCCUCCUGAUCCCCCGGCUCCAACUUCACCAACAGCAGGACCCCAGCAACCAGCACAUCCCCGGCCAUCGCCUCCACAGCCAGCACCCCCACAACCCAAACCCCCGCAGCCAGCUCAACCAGCACCGAAAAUUACCACCCCAGCAGCUGAAGAACCACCUGCCGCAGACCAUGAAAGUGAUGGCGAAAAGAGUUCGACAUGGUGGGACACGAUCUUGCACAAAUUCGAUGAUCUGAAGGACUGGGCUAGCGGUGUUGCCGAUGCUGUUCAGGGCAAGCAUUCGGAGUCUGAGAGUUGA